AUAUCCCAGGGAGCCCGGGGCGCCGGGACGCGUGUCCAUCCCGCCAUCCACUAGGAGAAGCCCUUACUGAGCCUGGCGCGACGCACCGGCCAAUCCCCUCGCCCUACACCUUGGCUGUAACCUGAGACGGAUUCGCUCCCAAAUGAUGCUCCGUUGGCAGAAGCAAAUCAAGUUCAUCAUUGUCCCGACCGAGAAAGAGGAGCAGCGCGGUUCUUGGCCGGGUCAGGAGAACGCCUGGCGACCCUCACCUGCGCGAGCCGCGGCACCGGCUGUAAUUGUCCUGGGGCGGCGGAGACCCGCGCGCCGGCCCUGCACGCCAGGCGGCACCCUUUGCAGUUAGCUACCGCGAUCCUCCGGCUUGCCCCUGCCGAAGAAGCCUCGGCUGCUUUUGUGAGCCUCUGACACUUCAUUUAUCCCUGGAUCAUUUCCAGAGUCCGUCUUGUAAAUGUUUAGCAUUUUGCUGCUUUAUUGCUUCUUUCUGGGGACAGUUCCAACACUCGCCGAGACAGGCAGAGAAAGGCAGCUGAGCCCGGAGAAGAGCGAAAUAUGGGGACCCGGGCUAAAAGCACACGUCGUCCUUCCCGCCCGCUAUUUCUAUAUUCAGGCGGUGGAUACAUCAGGGAAUAAAUUCACAUCUUCUCCAGGUGAAAAAGUCUUUCAGGUGAAAGUCUCAGCCCCAGAGGAGCAAUUCACUAGAGUUGGAGUCCAGGUUUUAGACCGAAAGGAUGGAUCUUUCAUAGUCAGAUACAGAAUGUAUGCAAGCUACAAAAAUCUGAAGGUGGAAGUUAAAUUCCAAGGUCAACAUGUCGCCAAAUCCCCAUAUAUGUUAAAAGGGCCGGUUUACCAUGAGAAUUGUGACUGUCCUUUGCAAGAUAGUGCAGCCUGGCUACGGGAGAUGAACUGCCCAGAAACCAUUGCUCAGAUUCAGAGAGAUUUGGCACAUUUCCCCAUAGUGGAUCCAGAAAAGAUUGCAGUAGAAAUCCCAAAAAGAUUUGGACAGAGGCAGAGCCUCUGUCACUACACCGUAAAGGAUAACAAGGUUUAUAUCAAGACUCACGGUGAACAUGUAGGUUUUAGAAUUUUCAUGGAUGCCAUACUACUUUCUUUGACUAGAAAGGUGAAGAUGCCAGAUGUGGAGUUCUUUGUUAAUUUGGGAGACUGGCCUUUGGAGAAGAAGAAAUCCAAUUCAAACAUCCAUCCAAUCUUUUCUUGGUGUGGCUCCACAGAUUCCAAGGAUAUUGUGAUGCCCACCUACGACUUGACUGACUCUGUUCUAGAAACCAUGGGCCGGGUAAGUCUGGAUAUGCUGUCUGUGCAAGCUAACACGGGUCCGCCCUGGGAAAGCAAAAACUCCACAGCUCUCUGGAGAGGGCGAGACAGCCGCAAAGAGAGACUCGAGCUGGUUAAACUCAGUAGAAAACACCCAGAACUCAUAGAUGCUGCUUUCACCAACUUUUUCUUCUUUAAACACAAUGAAAGCCUAUAUGGUCCCAUUGUGAAGCACAUUUCAUUUUUUGAUUUCUUCAAGCAUAAGUAUCAAAUAAAUAUCGAUGGUACUGUAGCGGCUUAUCGCCUGCCGUAUUUACUAGUUGGUGACAGUGUUGUGCUGAAGCAGGACUCCAUCUACUAUGAACAUUUUUACAAUGAGCUGCAGCCCUGGAAACACUACAUUCCAGUUAAGAGCAACCUGAGCGAUCUGCUAGAAAAACUUAAAUGGGCAAAAGAUCACGAUGAAGAGGCCAAAAAGAUAGCAAAAGCAGGGCAAGAAUUUGCAAGAAAUAAUCUCAUGGGCGAUGACAUAUUCUGUUAUUAUUUCAAACUUUUCCAGGAAUAUGCCAGUUUACAAGUGACUGAACCCCAAAUCCGAGAGGGCAUGAAAAGGGUAGAACCACAGACAGAGGAUGACCUCUUCCCUUGCACUUGCCACAGGAAAAAGGUAACCAUAAAUGAGCUGAUGGCCAGUGGCAGAGUAAGAACUAACAUUGAUCCAAACUUGCAUUCAUUCCUAUAGUCACUCAAUCAGGCUGCAAAUAUUUGACUUCCUCUCGAGGCCUCCAAGCAAUUCAGUCCACCGGAGAGACAGGUAUAGAAGAUAGCAGUGCUCAAGAAAGGACGCUACAAUGCAGUUAAUUGAGAAGACUUGGUAGUUCCGUGGCAAAGUGGAGGGAAGCCUUUUAUAAUGUCAGAAUCCAGCUCACACCCUGUUUGAAUGGAUGCUUACAGUUGGGAAAAUAUUUUCACGCGUAUUAUCUGAUGCCCUCAUUUCCUCAUGAGAUAAGUUUGGCAAAGUUCAUCAUCCCAGUUUAGAGAAGGAAAAAGAUGUAACUGUGAUUAUUGAUGUUUUCCAAUUCCUCAUUGGAAAUUGGUUGAUACCACUACAUAAGGAUCUCAUUGAUAAAAAUUAAAGUCAGAUUCACCUCUGGACUUUUAAGGUAAAAAGGACCUUAGAGGUCAUCCAGUAAAUGCCUUCAUUUUAUGGUUAAUAAAACCGAGCCCAAAAAAGAAUUAUGCUCGGAAUCAUCUAGCUGGUUUAUAGCAAAGCAAAAACCUUCUCAACAUCAGAUUGUGAUUGUGUGUGCUUGUAUAUAAAGAUAUAGUGUAGCAGGGGUCUCUUGCUUUGAUUAUGAAUUUUGUUUGCUUGAAGGAAUGUAAAUUGCAUAAACUAGAGUGUAUAUGUGUGUGACAUAUGCUGGCUUGAUGUUAUUUUAAACAACAUAAUUAGGUUUCUGAAUGGACAAAUUCAAAAUUGUGGUAUUACAACCAAAGAGAAGAAGGCAGACUUGGCCAUUCUUAUGUCUACCUCUUAAGAGAUUGUAAAAGUAAUCAAGGCCCCACUGAUGUGACAGAACCAGAACAGCUUAUAUGAGCUCACCCAUUGAUACAUUUUCAGGAAUUUUGCAUACUGAUUAAAUGUUUGCUUGGAAUCAGCCUGAUAGGUGUAUUUACACCGUGACAGCACAUGCUACAAAUCAGAAUUUUGGUUGCUUUAUUUUUGUCUUUGUUUUUUGGGGAACUGAUUUACGAAUAACCAACUGGCCCCCAGAGGUGGUUCAUCACCACUGUUAACUCUAUCAGUACUCCAAGGCCGUAAAAAUCCAUUAAAACCAAUGACAAAACAAGAAUUGCCAAAUCGAAAGGUACCCCCUCACCAGUCCAUGAGUUGGUAUCAGAACACUUCUCACUUUGGCUCCAAGUGACACUGGGCAGCUUCCUUGCUCCACUCCUGCUCAAUUAUUUGUCUUCACCUAAGUGAUUGAGAGGAGGUAACAGUCAGUAUCUUCCACUGAUUAGCAGAAGAUAGGGGCCAGAAUGGUAGCCUCGUGAUUUCUUCCUAACCCCUCACUGCUACUGUUCAUAACACGAGGCCUUUACAGUAGUACAGCCCAUGGAUGUUUCGGUUCCUUAUCAGUAGGCUAUGAAACACAAUCUGAUUCUACCCUAAGCUGAUGCUGGACCUCUGGAAAUAGUCUCAAGCCCUGAGAGUCUCUACCAACAGUUUGGCUUCCUCUCAUUUUUGUUGGAAAAUAAUUAACAAAUUAAUGUAAAUCUUCACUCAUGUAAGACUUCUUGAUAGCUCUAAAUAUUUUGCUUCUUAA